UUUUUUUUAAUAGCCUAGAUAUCAGUUCACUUAUACUUUUUGUUCAUAAUCAAGAGACUUUUUAAAUAUUUUUGUACUUUAAAUUUGAAAUUUAAUUUCAAAAUGGGAAUUCAGCCUGGAAAUGCUGAAAAUGGAAAGAGAAUCUUUGUUCAACGCUGUGCUCAGUGUCAUACAGUUGAAGCUGGUGGCAAACAUAAGGUCGGACCUAAUCUUCAUGGUCUCUUUGGUCGAAAAUCGGGGCAAGCAGCUGGCUAUUUAUAUACUGAUGCCAAUAAGAAUAAAGGAGUGACAUGGAAUGAUGAUUCUCUCUUUGUUUAUUUAGAAAAUCCAAAGAAAUAUAUUCCUGGCACAAAGAUGGUGUUCGCUGGCUUAAAGAAAGCCGAAGAACGUGCUGAUCUAAUUGCAUAUCUCAAGAGCGCAACAAAAUAAAUGUUUUGCCAAAUCGAAAAAAUAAAAUAAAAUUGAAUUUCAUUUAAUUCAAAA